UAAAGAAAAGCGAAAAUGAAUAUUAGGGAAUUUAUUGCUACAGUGCAUCCAUCUACGAGCGUCGGCUACCGAUGUCCGCCGCGGCGGCGACAGAGUCAACAUCCGGCGACGCAGAGAUGCGCACGUUUCGGCGCUCGCCGAGGGAAAAGGGACGCCGCGAUCGUGACUUUGGGACAUGAGAGCGACAAUGAAGCCCACCAGCCUACACAGCAGCACCUGAGGAGCACGUUCGCUUCCAGCAGUACGUUUUACAAGGAAUUCGGCCGGUUUACUUAGGAUUUACCUAGGUUUCGGUCUUUGGUCCUAAAGUUUAUUCUGAAACGAUCGAAAGGCUACCUUUUCUACCAACGAGUUAAGAACACAAGAGCCAUGUCAUCAGGCGCAGGUUCCAGUGGAACUGGCCGGGGGCGUGGUUCAUCACUGGCAGACAAUAAGCCAGAGAGCAAAGAAGCGAAGCCUAAUCCAAAGAUGUCAAAAGCUUUAGGAACAUCCGCCAAAAGGAUACAAAAAGAAUUGGCAGAAAUCACAUUAGACCCACCACCAAAUUGCAGUGCAGGACCUAAGGGAGACAAUUUAUAUGAAUGGGUAUCAACAAUACGGCCUCCUGGUUCAGUUUAUGAAGGAGGAGUAUUUUUUUUAGAUAUACAUUUUUCUCCAGAAUAUCCUUUUAAACCUCCAAAGGUUACAUUCCGGACACGAAUCUAUCAUUGUAAUAUCAACAGUCAGGGUGUAAUUUGUUUAGAUAUAUUAAAAGAUAAUUGGUCUCCUGCAUUAACUAUCUCAAAGGUUCUAUUAUCUAUUUGUUCUCUCUUAACAGACUGUAAUCCAGCGGAUCCUUUAGUAGGAAGUAUAGCAACACAGUAUCUACAAAAUAGAGAAGAGCACGAUCGCAUAGCACGGCUUUGGACUAAGCGUUAUGCCACAUGAAUAACUUUUUGAAAAAAAGUUGACUUCCUUGUUCCUUCAAAACGAACUUAAGGAAAACUGUUUAACUACAUUAAAAUUUUGAUUAUUCGGACUGAUCAGUUAUUCUUAAUAAAUUAAUCAAAUUUCUUCGAAUAUUAUUUAUAAGUUUAUAUUUGUUUAAUAUAGUAAUAUUUCUCUAUAUUAUAAUUAAAAUUAUUUACAUUUUUUUCUAAUCAAUUUAUAGUAUCAAUUAUUUGAUCGAUAUUAUUUUCCUUUAUGUUUUUACAUACAUAUAUAUUUUAAUAGAUAAAUUAUGUACAGAUACAUAUAUAUUUUUUUUCAUUAUUUAUAAUCGCUUUCAUGAACCAAUAUUAUGUAUUAUAAUAAAAUUAAUGAGAAGUUAUAUUAACAAAAAUUAAAACUUCGUUUAUUCGAAGAAAUAUCUAAAAAAUUUUUUAUAAUCUUUGAAAUUUCAAUUUAUAGUUAUGUUAUGAAAUACGAUAACAAAUGAUCAUUCGAAUAAUCAUAAUUUAAAUUUUUUGCACCUUCGAAAAAUUAUCGUAUGUAUAUGUGUAUCUAUCGAAGGAUUGCUAUAAAGAAAGACUCUUUAAGAUCGUCGAUACGAUCAUUGUGAUGUGCUUUUAUAUCGAGUAUGUAAAUGUGCCUAAGAUGAAUGAAUGUGCGUGCAUGAGCUACCUUACUACUUUCGUUUUCACCCUGCAGCUCUUAAAUAUCUUCCAGAAUGUAUUCUUAUGAAUACAA